AAAAGUUGUUGCAAGCUCUCUUUCUCUUAGAAUAUAGCAUGAACAACCUGCUUUAGUGAUGGUCAGCCUGUGAUUCCACACACAACUGCUGCAAUUUUGCACCAGACCCCUGAUUCCGCCUACGAAACCCUCCCCAUUCACAUUCUUUUUUUUUUCUUCUCCCCUCUCUGCCUUCAAUUAUUUCAAUGGCAGCCCAACGACAAGCCUCAUCCGCCUCGCAAACCCCCCAUCUCUCCCCCGCCGAACUCUCCUACCUCUACACCUCCCUCGGCCUCCCCGGAACCCCUAUCCGCCCCGACGGCCGCUCCCCCACGCAAUUCCGACCCCUCACAGCCGAAACCGACAUCCUACCAGGCACGAAUGGCAGCGCGCGCGUGGGCUUUGCAGAUGGCACGCAGGCGAUUGUCGGCGUCAAGGCGGAAGUCGAGAAGACAGCGCUGGGGGCGGACGCGCUGAGUCUGGCGCAGCGCAUGUCGGUUGAGGAGUAUGCGGAAACUCUCCAGAAUGACGGGGACGAGUCGUCGUCCACGGGCGGUGCGAUGUCGAUUGAGAUCCCUGGGUUUCGGGCGGAUGAUGCGUUGCCGGUGUUUUUGGCCGAGAUGAUGCGCGAGCCGUUGAUUGAGUCGGUUUCGGCUGGGGAGAUGGCUGGUGGGUUGAAGGGGAGGCUUGUGAUCAAUCGACGGUGGCAUUGGAGGUUGCAUCUUGUUGUUCUGCUACUUUCUCAACCACUCUCUUAUCCUCUUCCCCUCCUCUCUCUCACCACACAUCUCGCUCUCCUCUCAACAAAACUCCCCAAGCUCAAAUCCAAGGGCGAGGAAGACCCGUUCUUCGACGACGACUGGAACGCCGCGGAAUAUCUUUACCCACGCCUCACAGCUCAGAGUCACCACCGCUCUAUUCCUGGCCCCGCAUCCCCGCUCCAUAAAGUCCGUCCACCAGUAACGCUGCUCGUCAUCUCCGUGGCGGAGAAUGUGGUUUUCGAUCCGAGCCGUGAGGAAAUCGCCGUGGCGGAUGCCGUGCUCGCCGUCUCGGUUGCAUAUGACAGCAACUCAGACCGACUCAAGUUACUUUCUAUCCGCACAGUAGAUCCGCCGUCUCGGCUUACGCAGCCGGGUGUCCCGACCUCGGAGAAUGCGACUACCUUGGGCGCUGGGGGUGCGGGCGUGGCGGAGGAGUCGGUUGUGGUGAAUCCGUCUACGGGGGAAGAGGAAGUGCCCGGUGUGUGGCGGCCAAGACGCGGGGGGGUGAAGCGGGCUACCAUUGCGAGGAUAGUCAAGAUGGUGCUUGAGAAGGGAGGUGUUGGAGAGGAGGUUCUAGAAGGUCUCGAGGGAGUGCAGGUUGGAUAA